UUCUUUAUCAGAGCCCCCGAAAUAAGUGGGAAUGGGCAGUAGCUGUUCACAUUCAGCACACUUUUUCCAUUUGCUAAUAGGGCUCUGCCAGGCUGGGAGUCAGUUGUCUCUGCCUGACUCUGGAGAGAAGAGCUGCUGAGACGAUCCCUGGGCACCAUGAGACUCCUGCAAGUGAUCAUCCUUUGUCUUCCUCUGUCCACUCUUUGUAGCAGUAAUGAUGACACAGAUGGUAACCAUACCACCACUAAGUUAUCACCAUCAAUUCCUACAACAGAAGUAUCUGUAUCAACAUCAAGCAUAAUGUCAAAUUCUGUUUCGAAAUCAACAGUUGGAAUGUCUCCUAAAGGAACAACAAAUAAGGAAUCCUUAAAUACACCUUUGCUGCCCACAGUUUCUUCACCAACUACAAUAAUUAAAGCUGAAGUAGGAAACACAACCAAGGGUAUUGUGAAGAAUGAGUUCAUCACUGCAAAUGCAACAGUGACACAUCCUCUACUUUCAAAUGUUUUAACAACACAAAGUUCCCAACACAAAGCUGAGAAUCAGAGUUCAAUCAAAACAACGGAAAUACCAGUGAACGCUCUACAUCCAGGGAUAUCACCUUCUCAUGCCAGUACGUCACCUUCAAUGCCAGUAACAGUUCCAGGGAACACCUCCCAGUUUCAAGGUACUGAGGAUGCAAAAAAUGCAAGCUCUUCUUCAGCCAAGCCCUCUUAUUCCAGUAUUAUUUUGCCAGUGGUUAUUGCUUUGAUUGUGGUGACACUUUCAGCAUUUAUUCUUGUGGGUUUGUAUCGAAUGUGCCGGAAGACCGACCCAGGCACACCAGAAAAUGGAAACGACCAACCUCAGUCCGAUAAAGAGAGUGUGAAGCUUCUCACUGUUAAGACAAUUUCUCACGAGUCUGGUGAGCAUUCUGCACAAGGAAAAAUCAAGAACUGACAGCUUAACGAAUCCUCUCCACACCUGGGCAAUAAAUAUGCUUCAUCUUCAGCUUCGGUGCUCCAGGGGUAGCAACGGAGAGAACUUCGUGGACUCGUACCUGACGCCCAGUCCUGCUCUCCGGUCUGCCAGUCACCUGUCCCAAUAAAGUGAUGUCCAGGUGGCAUACAGUAACUUCAUAGAAUCCAAAAGAAGCCUGGGCCUCUCCUGUGAUUUGAGACAUAAAAAAAGCAUAUUACUACAUUUUAUAGGAACAUUCUUGGGAGUUUUAGGAAGGACCUUUGGGAGCAGUUAACCUGACAGCCCAGGUAGAUGGGUUCCCUGAUGACAUGCCCUUGCCUUGAGUUUAAAGUUUCCAGAGCCGACAGUUCCUAUCCAUGGAGACCUUCCUAUUUUCUUGGUGUUCUUAUAUUACCUAAUGUUUGUAUUUAUUGUUUUGUACUAUGUUAAUGCAGGGACAAUUUGCAAGUGUAUUAUUAAAUAUUAGGUAGAAAUCAUGCCAUGCCACUUUGUACAUAAAGAUAUUUUAUUCAUAUUUUCAUGUGUUACUUUUAAUAAAUAAUUACUAUAUUCAACACACUAAAAAUA